GGCCCCGAGGAUUGGAGCCCGGGAUGUGGGAGGAGGAUGGCCAGGCCGGGAUGAGCAGGGGCUGGGACCGAGAGAUCGGGAGGCCCGGAUCGAGAACCAUGGCUUCUCAGCAGACUUCCCCGCGCCCAGACGAACUCGAAUUUGGGGGGCCCCUGGGGACAGCUGCCAUGCUGCUGCUACUCCCCGUGGUCCUCUUCCACCUGCUCCUCACCUGCCACUCAGGCCCCUGCAGCUUGCUCAGCCUGCCCUCCGAGCUGCCCCCAGUAUCUGCCUUCUGGAGUCCUUGGGCUCUGCUGCUGCUUCUACUCUGGCUGGGGCUGCAGGCCACACUGUACCUGCUGCCCAUGGGCAAGGUAUCUGAGGGCAUGAUGCUGAAGGACAAGAGCCACCUGCAAUAUCCAAUUAAUGGGUUUUGGUGCCUAGGGCUGACAGCUCUGCUGGUGGGGCUGGGGCUGGUAGGGGGUCUGCCCCUUGGGAGCCUCUCAGAGCUGCUCCUGCCGCUGGCUUCGGCAGCCACUGUUACAGCCUUCAUCCUCAGCCUCUUCCUCUACCUCAAGUCCUUCACAGUGCCCCCCUCAGCCCUUGCCCCUGGGGGGAAUUCAGGUAACAUCAUCUAUGACUUCUUCCUUGGCCGAGAACUGAACCCCCGAUUCGGAUCCUUUGACCUCAAGUAUUUUUGUGAGCUGCGUCCAGGGAUGAUUGGUUGGGCCCUCAUCAACCUGGCUCUGCUGCUGCGGGAGGCUGAACACCGGGAGGGCUGGCCUUCCUUGGCCAUGGGGCUGGUCAAUGCCUUCCAGCUUCUCUACGUGGUGGAUGCUCUCUGGAAUGAGGAGGCAGUUCUUACCACCAUGGACAUCAUCCAUGAUGGCUUUGGCUUCAUGCUGGCUUUUGGGGACCUGGCCUGGGUCCCCUUCAUCUACAGUCUUCAAGCCCAGUUCCUUCUGAAUCAUCCCCAGUCUUUGGAGUUGCCUGUGGCUGGGGCCAUUUGUCUGCUGUUUGCGAUUGGCUACUUUAUCUUUCGCGGGUCCAACACACAGAAAAAUACCUUCCGGAGGGACCCUUCUGACCCCAGUGUAGCUGGCCUUGAGACCAUCCCCACAGCUACUGGGAAGCGCCUGCUGGUAUCAGGGUGGUGGGGUAUGGUCCGUCAUCCCAACUACCUCGGAGACCUCAUCAUGGCUCUGGCCUGGUCCCUGCCCUGCGGGGUAACACACCUGCUUCCCUAUUUCUACAUCGUGUACUUCACCAUCUUACUGGUACACCGGGAGGACCGGGAUGAGCGCCAGUGUUUGCAGAAGUAUGGCCUGGCCUGGCGGGAAUACUGUGCCAGGGUGCCUUACCGUAUAGUACCCUACGUUUACUGAGCAGUCCGCCCCAUGAAGGAACAAGCUGUGGGCACCUGCCCGCUGCUCCCCCUCCUAGACAGCGUGGCCAGUUUAAAAAAGGGGUGGGUUUCGAUCAUCUGGAAGAAAUGCCCACCUGCAUUCUGCCCCUUCCAUCCUGGUGAUGCCUAGGGGCAGAAGACGCUGCCUCUGGCGCUCGCUGCCCCCUUGGGCUAGUCAGAUGCCCACUCUGGGCUUCAGUUUCCUCCUCUGAGGGAGAAGGGGCUGUAUGGACUCGUGAAUGACUAGAGGUUCCUCCCAUGAAAGGAGGGAAGUGGAGCUGGGGGAAGCCUCUGAAUAGAGCUCUGCCGAUGGAUGUG